AUGGAGGCCGGAGGCGAGGCCCCCAUGAGCUCGUACAUCAUGGACGAGGAGACGCUGAAGAGGAAGCAGAGGGAGAAGCUGAAGAAGCUCCAGGCUACAGGAGGGAACCCUCGACCCGCCCGCUCGCUCCUCUUCCUCACCCUCAGGAACCCCUUCCGCAGGGCCUGCAUCAGCAUCGUGGAGUGGAAACCGUUUGAGAUCAUCAUUCUGCUCACCAUCUUUGUGAACUGUGUAGCUCUGGCCGUGUUCAUGCCCAUGCCCGAGGAGGAUACCAACAACACCAACAGCAACCUGGAGAGUCUGGAGUACAUAUUCCUCAUCAUAUUCACACUGGAGUGUUUCCUGAAGAUCGUGGCAUAUGGACUACUGUUCCACGCUGACGCAUACCUACGAAACUGCUGGAACAUUCUGGACUUCGUCAUCGUCACCAUGGGGCUGUUCACUAUAGUGGUGGAUCUGAUUAAUAACAUCAGCGGUGUGGAGGCUCCGGUGGAACAGAAGGGUGGAGGAUUCAACAUGAAAGCACUGCGAGCCUUCAGGGUGUUGAGGCCACUACGUCUCGUCUCCGGGGUCCCAAGCCUGCAGGUGGUGAUGAGUUCGAUUCUCAAGUCCAUGCUGCCACUGUUCCACAUCUCACUGCUGGUCUUCUUCAUGGUCACCAUCUACGCCAUCAUCGGCCUGGAGCUCUUCAAAUGCAAGAUGCACAAAACCUGCUACCACCAGGGCACAGAAAUCGUAGCAGCGGUGGAGAACGAGAAGCCGUCGCCGUGUGCCGAGGCGGGUAACGGGCGCCGCUGUACCCUGAACGGUACCGUCUGUAAGCCGGGGUGGCCCGGGCCCAACAACGGCAUCACACACUUCGAUAACCUGGGCUUCUCCAUGCUCACCGUGUACCAGUGCAUCACCACUCAGGGCUGGACCGACGUCCUCCACUGGGUGAACGAUGCUAUCGGGAUGGAGUGGCCGUGGUUGUACUUCGUGACUCUGAUUCUUCUCGGCUCCUUCUUCAUACUGAACAUGGUGCUGGGGGUCCUGUGUGGUGAAUUCACUAAGGAGCGAGAGAAGAGCUCUCGGAGCGGUGAGUAUCAGAAGCUGCGAGAACGUCAGCAGCUGGAUGAAGAUCUGAAGGGUUACAUGGAAUGGAUCACUCAGGCAGAGGUCAUGGACAACGAUCAGGAGGGACAAGGUUUGCUGCCCCUGCAGGAUGGAGGUUCCUACACGGAGAGCCUGUACGAGCUGGACGGACUGAACAGACUCAUGUACUACGUGCGCCACGCCCGUCGCUGGAACAGGUUCUUCAGGAGGAAGUGCCGGGUGUGGGUGAAGUCCAGACUCUUCUACUGGCUCGUCUUCCUGCUGGUGUUCUUCAACACGCUGAUCAUCGCUACUGAGCAUCACCAGCAGUCUCAGUCCCUCACCGACUUUCAGGAGAGCUGUAAUAAAGCUCUGCUGAUGCUCUUCGCGGUGGAGAUGCUGGUGAAGAUGUACGCUCUGGGUCUCCCCUCAUACUUCAUGUCCCUGUUUAACCGGUUCGACUGUUUCGUGGUGACGGUGGGAAUCCUGGAGCUCAUCCUGGUCAACACGGGCUUCAUGUCCACCAUGGGCAUCUCCGUCAUGCGCUGCAUCCGCCUGCUGCGCCUCAUCAAAGUCACCAAGUACUGGACGUCCCUGAGUAACCUGGUGGCAUCUCUGUUGAAUUCGGUGCGCUCCAUCGCCUCGCUCCUGCUCCUCCUCUUCCUCUUCAUUGUGAUCUUCUCUCUGCUGGGGAUGCAGGUGUUCGGGGGGAAGUUUAACUUCCCUGAUCAGAGGGUCAGACGCAGCAACUUCGAUAAUUUCCCUCAGGCGCUCAUCACCGUCUUCCAGAUUUUAACAGGUGAGGACUGGAACAGUGUGAUGUACGAUGGAAUCAUGGCACACGGAGGUCCAGUCAUGCCCGGAAUCCUGGUCAGCAUCUACUUCAUCGUCCUCUUCAUCUGUGGAAACUAUAUCCUGCUGAAUGUUUUCUUGGCGAUUGCGGUUGAUAAUCUGGCUGAAGCGGAGAGUCUCACCUCGGCUCAGAAGGAGAAAGCUGAGGAGAAGAAACGGAAGAAGAUCCUCAGAUCUAAAGCCUCUGAUAAAGGAGACGACGAUAAAAACCUGCUGGCAAAGAAACUGGCAGAACAAAGAGCCAAGAUUGAUGGAAUUCCAACCACCGCUAAGCUGAAGGUGGACGAGUUUGAAUCGAAUGUGAACGAGAUUAAGGAUCCGUUUCCUCCCGCUGACUUUCCAGGUGACGAUGAGGAGGAGGAGCCUGAGAUUCCCACCAGCCCGAGGCCACGCCCCAUGGCUGACCUGCAGCUGAAGGAGACGGUGGUGCCUAUGCCCGAGGCUAGCUCCUUCUUCAUCUUCGGCCCUCAGAACAAGUUCCGUAAGCUGUGCCAUCGCAUCAUCAACGCCACAACGUUCACCAACAUCAUCCUGCUCUUCAUCCUGCUGAGCAGCAUCUCCCUCGCCGCUGAGGACCCCAUCGACCCCCUGUCCUUCAGGAACCAGGUCCUGGCAUACGCUGACUACGUCUUCACCUCGGUCUUCACUGCUGAGAUCAUACUGAAGAUGACGACCUACGGUGCUUUUCUACACAAAGGCUCCUUCUGCAGGAACUCCUUCAACAUCCUGGAUCUGAUAGUGGUAGGAGUGUCACUGCUGUCUAUGGGGAUGGAAUCCAGUGCUAUCUCUGUAGUGAAGAUUCUGCGAGUGCUGAGAGUUCUGAGACCUUUACGAGCCAUAAACAGAGCCAAAGGACUCAAACAUGUGGUUCAGUGUGUGUUUGUGGCCAUUAAGACGAUCGGGAACAUCGUGCUGGUCACCAUGCUGCUGGAUUUCAUGUUCGCCUGCAUUGGGGUGCAGCUCUUUAGGGGUAAAUUUUACGCCUGUACUGAUCCUCUGAAAAUGACUGAAGCUGAGUGCAGGGGGGCGUUUAUUUAUCACCAGGAGGGAGCUCUACACGAGAUGGUGAUCAAACAGAGGAAGUGGAUCAACAGUGAUCUGAACUUCGAUAACGUACUGAACGGCAUGCUGGCUCUCUUCACCGCCUCCACCUUCGAGGGCUGGCCCAAGCUGUUGUAUAAAGCCAUCGAUUCCAACAUGGAGGACGUGGGUCCUGUUUACAACAACCGUAUCGGAAUCUCCAUCUUCUUCAUUGUCUACCUCAUCCUCAUCGCCUUCUUCAUGAUGAACAUCUUCGUCGGCUUCGUCAUCGUCACCUUCCAGGAGCAGGGCGAGCAGGAGUACAAGAACUGUGAGCUCGACAAAAACCAGCGUCAGUGUGUGCAGUACGCUCUGAAGGCCCGCCCCCUGAGAUGCUACAUUCCCAAAAACCCCUAUCAGUACCAGGUGUGGUACAUCGUCACCUCCUGUUACUUUGAGUACCUGAUGUUCCUGCUGAUCAUGCUCAACACCAUGUGCCUCGGCAUGCAGCACUGUAAUCAGUCGGAACACAUCACUCACCUCUCCGACAUGCUGAACGUGAUCUUCACCGUACUCUUCACCGUCGAGCUCAUCCUCAAAGUCGCUGCCUUUAAAGUCAAGGGAUAUUUCGGGGACCCGUGGAACGUGUUUGAUUUUGUGAUUGUGGUCGGCAGCAUCGUCGACGUCAUUCUGAGUGAAAUUAAUGUGGCUCUGGCUGCGCAGGGUGGGCUAUACUGUCUCACGGGAUGUGAGGAGGUGAACCCCAUGCAGGAGAUCGCGGACUCGGAGAACAUGAGCGUCUCCAUCACGCUGUUCCGUCUGUUCCGUGUGAUGCGGUUGGUGAAGCUUCUGAACAGAUUUGAGGGGAUUCGGAACCUGCUGUGGACCUUCAUCAAAUCCUUCCAGGCGUUACCAUACGUGGCUCUGCUCAUCGUCAUGCUCUUCUUCAUCUACGCUGUGAUUGGAAUGCAGGUAUUCGGGAAGAUCGCUCUGAUCGAUGGAACGGUGAUUAAUCGGAACAAUAAUUUCCAGACGUUUCCUCAGGCUGUUCUGCUGCUCUUCAGGUGUGCUACAGGUGAGGGCUGGCAGGAGGUGAUGUUGGGGUGUUUGUACGGGCAGCGAUGUGACCCUAAAUCUGAUUACCUGCCAGGGGAGGAGUUCACCUGUGGCUCAGGGUUCGCUGUUCUCUACUUCAUGAGCUUCUACAUGCUGUGUGCUUUCCUGAUCAUUAAUCUGUUUGUGGCCGUCAUCAUGGAUAAUUUCGACUAUCUGACGCGUGAUUGGUCGAUUCUGGGGCCGCAUCACCUGGACGAGUUUAAGAAGAUCUGGGCGGAGUACGACCCUGAAGCAACGGGGCGCAUCAAACACCUGGAUGUUGUUACUCUGCUGAGGAGAAUUCAGCCUCCACUGGGGUUCGGCAAGUUCUGCCCCCACCGAGUGGCCUGCAAGAGGCUGAUCUCCAUGAACAUGCCGUUGAACAGUGAUGGUACGGUCACCUUUAAUGCCACCCUCUUUGCUUUGGUCCGCACCGGCCUCCGCAUCAAAACCGAGGGAAAUUUCCAGCAGGCCAAUGAAGAGCUGAGAGCCAUUAUCAAGAAAAUCUGGAAGAGAACCAGCAUGAAGCUUCUCGACCAGGUCAUACCACCCAUCGGAGAUGACGAGGUGACAGUAGGGAAGUUCUACGCCACCUUUUUGAUCCAGGAACACUUCCGGAAGUUCAUGAAGCGUCAGGAGGAAUAUUACGGGUACCGACCCACCAAAAACAAAACCACCAACGAGAUCCAGGCCGGGUUGAGGAGCAUCGAGGAGGAGGCGGCUCCGGAGCUGCAGAGAGCUAUCUCAGGAGACCUGAUGGACAUGGACGAGAUGGACGGAGGUCUGGACGAGGGGGCCGACCAUUCCAUUUUCAGGCGCGCGGGGGGUCUGUUCGGGAACCAUGUGGAUCCGUUCUCCCUCCACGGUGGAGCUCCAGCGCACACUCAGGUUGUAAGUCAGCGCCCCCUGCAGAUCAGCGACGGGAGCAUGCCGGAGAGCAACGGUUCACCCAGAGCUACGGUCUACUUCCAGAACAACUACAGCGACUACAACGUCAACAACAACGCCAACAACAGCGGCAGGAUGGCUUUUACCUCACCGUUAAUAAACAGACUCCAUUUCCCAGCAUGCAUCAGUGAGAACGUGCAGGAGCCGGUUAGCGCGGCUGAGGUGCUCAUCCGAGAGGUGUUGAAGGCGGGGGGCGUGGCCAGCCUGGCCGCCGAUCGUAGCUUCGUUAGCAUGACGAGGACAGAACUGGCUGCAGUGCUGCGCGUGAACGUCCAGCAGCUGGAAGAACAAGCAGCAGACAUGUUGAAUGCACCUGUGAGGGGCGGAGUCAGAGAGCAAGCCACGCCCCUUUCUGGACACAGCCAGGUGUAGUGAGGCUGUUCAGGUUCGAGGUGCUUCUUAGCCGUGCUGGGACGCCAUGUACGUACCUUCCUGUACAAUGAACAGAAGCCACGCCCACACUGCACUAGUGGGAGGAGUCCUGGUGGAUAAGGGAGGCGGAGACUGGAUAAGGGGACGUGGCAUUUUCUAACGCUUUCCGUUAUAAUAAAUAUUUACAGGUGUGUUGAAGGAUUUUGUAUUAGAUAAUGAGAAUAAAUGAAAUAUUUUAAUGUUUAA